UCCGCAAGGAUGAAUUGUGAUAGUACCCAAACCCUCACAAAUAAAGUCAAUCUAGAUAAUAAGUUUGAACCUUAUAUUUUAGUUGAAGAUAAAAUUUCGGGACUUUUUGAGAAACCCAAAACACAUAAAAUUUCUUUCAAUUAUGACGACGCAGCAAGUCCUAAAAAGACAGUUUUCGGGGGUAUUAACUGUACUAACGGCUUUGCAGCAGCCAUUUUCAAUGCCUAUAACUAUCACAAACAUUUAUGUUUAAGUCCUGAUGAUAUUUGGAAUACCAUUGUUCAAGGCGUUAGUCAUCAUAUUAAUUAUAAUUUGGAGAAGUUCCGUCACAGAUUUGUUAAACAUGAAGGAAAAAAAGAAAUUGAUGUUUAUGUUGGCGAUGUCGUAUCUGAAAAGACUCUUAAAGGUGAUUGGCGAGAAGCUGUAAAUAGACUUGUCAAGAAAACUGAUGAACAUGUGGAAAAAAUUGAACUUAAAGAAUUAUUAGAAUGUAAUUUUUCAACAACAACUUCAACCAGCUUAACAGCAAGCCGUAUUGUAUUAUUAGAUACGGUUAAGGCAUACUUCCAGUAUAAAGUCUCAACUAUUUGUGGAAUUCCAAAAGUUACACUUGAGGGAACUCUCGAUGAUUGGAAUAAGCUUCAAGAAAAAGUUAGUCAAUUAAGAAAAUUAAAUUUAGAGCUUGAUUUUUGGUUAGAUCGUCUUGAACCUGUGAUUUGGAAAUUAGUAGAAACUUAUCGUGGUGAGGUUGAUGAAGAUUUUUGGGGCAGGAUCAUUAAUAUAAAUACAGUAUUCGGUUCAGGAGGAGGUACUUUUAUUUCAGGGUGGAUGUUAGCUUUCUUUCCUUAUGAUCGUUCAGCAAGGACUUUGCCAUACCACAAUAUGGAAAUUCCUGAUAUUCCCGAUGGCAUGAUUCAAGUUCCUUUUACUAUUGAUACUGGUUACUCUUUGAAAUUUAUAGCUGGGUUUGUCGGUGCUAAUCAAGAGAUGCUUAAAAAUUCUAAUGAAUCGGUUGUUUCUCCUGUGAUCGGAUGGUUUAUUACUGAUAAUGUGGAUGAUAAGAGCGAUUAA